GCCUACGGCGGCCAGCCACCCUACUUCCAGCAGUUCCCCGGCUACGGCUACCCCCAAUCUGCCCCCCAGGCCAUCGCCCAACCCUUCCCCAUCUAUCCGCCUCACUAUGACCAACUGCCACCGAGCACGCCUCACACGCAGACCGGGCGGCCACGCCCCCUCGCCCGCGAGUCCUCUCGCGCCUCCACGCCCGGCGGGGGCGGCAGGCCACUUAAAUCUGCGAUGAAGAUGAAGAGGACGAAGACGCCCGAGCGCGGGGCCUCUGUGGGCUCUGUCCCGCUCCCUAGGGGCCGCUCCGAGUCGCUGCACCGCCAGAGGACACGCUCAGGGUCUCGCCGCGCGAAUUCUGUCCCGAGAUUUGUCCCAGACCACCUCCUGCUCUCCCUGCGCUCGACAAACCAGCUCCUGCUCGAGAACAUCUCCGGCUCGCAGAUGGGUGAAGAGCUGAUGGAGGCGAUGAUACCUAUCUGGCCUCGGGGCGCGGACUCGAUCGACAACCACCGGGGCAAGUUGAAAAUCGAGUUCACCGGCCACCCGUGGUCGUGCAGCGGGCUUGAGCAGAUUAUGGCUGGCAAGAUGAUCUGCAACCUGUAUCUGAUACUGGCCCGUUUGGGAUAUACAUACCUCUCGACCAUCAACGUGGGGAACCCGUGGAAGCCCCCAUCCAUGAUCUUCGUAGACUCGACACCCGACUUCGAAGCUAUAGUCUUCCUCAUCAUGUUCAACAAGCGGGGAGACCGACUGACCAUCCUCGACGCCCCCGCGGAGCUCACACAGCAGCUCGGGAUGGAGCUGCGCGCCACGUUCCCCCGCAAGAUCACCACCGAUCGCGCGACGGAGGACGGUUUGCACGUCUUCGAGGUCCGGAAAGGCGGCUAUGGCUCACCCGUGAUAGACAAGAGCAUCCUGAUCGCGUUCGUGCUGCGCUUCUUCAACUUCGCGGGCUUCCGGCUCAGCGGGAGCGUGCCCAUGGGCACGAAGAGCCUCCUCAGCUUCGGGCAGCGCAAGGAGAUGUGGAUCUUCCGGAGCGACCCCUGGCGCCCCGGCGCCCGCCAGGACGGCCGCCCCGAGAGCCGCCAGAGUCGCGCCGAGCGUGCGCCAUGACACGAGCCCGAGGGUGCUCCGUUAAGACUGAAGAUAUGAAGACUGGGACCGAGGGUUCGCGCGGGCCUGGCUGUGCUUGGGAACUGCUGCUGAUAUUGUAUAGUGUGCUGCGGUGCUCGAUAAUGCUCGAUGUCUACUGGUAUGUGUAGCGAUUGGUUAUAGUUUGUGUAUCGAUCUGCCGCUUUGUUGUCAAGCUGUGUCUGCGCUACUGCAGAAUAGACAUUCUUCACAGAUGAUCAGUUGCGGCGAUAGCUCAAAGCCGCGCCCGAAGAAAUCUGGAGCAGACAACAGCGCGCGGGUGGUCGUCGCGCUAGACGGUCGCAGGAUAUGCUCGGGACGUAGGCAAGUAGUGGUACGGGUUAUUACAAUUGUUCGCGGCAACGUUCGGGGAAAUAGUCGAUCGUCACUUUCGGCCGCUCAUCAGACGGGGCAUCCUAUACCCUCACCGCGACCCAGGCUACUUCGUACCGCCGUUCGAGGUCGCAACGCCGUCCUUCACAGGCUUGUGGAUGGGCUUCUUUAUCCCCGCGGACGGGCCGGAGUCAUUUCCCCUGGGGAUGAACUCGUCCUCGUCAUCCUCGUCUUCAAUCGGGAGCAGCAGGGACUCGGGGACGAUGCGCGCACGAGCGCUGACGCCGCUGGUGACGGGAGUGUCCGACGUGGCCAGGGUGAAAGCCUCAACGGUAGAGUCGGGCGGCUGCGCGGCCGCGGUGGGCAGCAUGGCAGGGGAGUUGGCGGACGACACGUCGGAAGGCGUGGUCGUGCCGAGCAGGUUGUCGGACGAGUAGUUGCCGUUGCCCCCGACGGGCACUUGGAGAGUGUCGGUGGCGACGAAUGUGGAGGCUGCGGGCACUGAAGAGGAAGAGUCGUUGCUCGUGGU